GUAAAAGUCCAUUCGAACUUAAAAGGUUGAAGUGAUUAGUUUUGCAUACGGAGUACUACAAGGUCCACACAUUCAAAUUGAUAGACUCCCCCUCAAAGUCCAGCCUGCCCUUCCUCGUAGAGCGCAAUUAUAAAUAGUCCGGCUCAAUUUCUGUCCUCAGUGCUCAAGCCGGUAGCGAAGGGGAACUGUGUUUGCCUACGCAAAGUUGAACGAAGCCAUCCGGUGACAGCUCACUCCACAGGCCCGUGUCGCAGUCUGAGCCGAUCCAGGGGUUAAGAGACGCAACUGUUGCUACAUCGACACCGAACAAAUCGGAGAACAUCGAGCAUUUGAAGAUUGCUAGGUAAAUUUGAGUUAGUUUCCGGUCAGAAUUCAAUCUCUUUCAAUAUGAGGAUCAAGGACGCCGUUUACCCUUAUCAGCUGCUCGAAACUGGACAUAGCAAUCACAGUCCGAUGGCUGGACAGAUGUCGGCGGUAUUAAAUUUGUAUUUGGCGCCAUACAAUGGUCUUGUGGGCCGGUAUAGAUGGCUGCAAAAGGAAAUCCAUUAGUUUCUUGUUGAACAACGUGGGAGUGGAAAAAUGGUCCAGGUCGGAUCCAAAAUACUUACGUCGUUGCUCCCAGAGUCGAAUACAGUAGCUAUAUUCAACCUGGAAAAAGCAAUCCUCCCGUGAAAGACUUGGGUUCCACUCUAGCAAGUCAUCGACUGUCACGUCAGCCACCCAUGCCCAGUUUUGACAGCGGUUCAUCGUCUUCAAGUCAUCGCCGAACCCUGCGUGUUCGCUGAAGGCGUCUUCGUAUAUGAGGCAAUCCUUGAGCGUUCCUGGCGCUGCAGGCUUCAGCGGAGGGAAUUCGAUUGGGCUUGGAACAAACGACUCUGCAGGAGGGUGGGUGAAUGUGGCUGAAGGUGCUUCAACGGGAUAUCCACUAUAUGUUGCAAUGUUUCCGACAGGUUGCACACAGUACGACGUAUUUCUCCAUAGGUUGGUGCAGUUGUCGUCAACCUGGGGGUUAAGGAAAUAAAAGUCCUUGAGGGAUAUGCCAAACCUCAGCGAAAUCAUGGAGCAAUAAUCGCCAUCUUCGAUCUGUCGCGAGUUCUGUUAGCUCGGAUCCCUUGCUUUGCUGCUUUUCCCUUUUCCUCCCUUUUCUUCCACACUUGUGGAUUGACCAGAAAGAGGGCGAAGUACCAUAUACCAACGGUUGCAGUUGGUGUUUGAUUGUCCUUGGGCGUUGGGGGGCACUGGCACUGCUGUAAUCAUAUUCCCCCCUUCUCUCACUGGAACGGUUGGCGUUGGGGAACUGCGGCGGCCUUGUUAGUUAAUUUAUAUUGGAAUCCUAGCAAGAUGAUGGUUACUUCUCGCCUUGCACAGAAAUACCAGCCGGUAUAUGCAGCCAGAUUAGAGCAACCGCUGUUGAUAUGAGGAUUCCAGGCUAGGAGUUGUGCCAUUGUUAUGUUCAAGUCGCGCACCAAUGUCUGGCAUGUGUCAGCCAGUUGUAAUUGGCGGGUUUCGCAUUCCCUUGGUAAGCAAAGGGACUUUCCUGCUGCGGGCAAGAGACUACAGUUGAUAUCGAUGGAAUUCUCUAUAAUCAGCCUAUAUGUCGAGACAUUAUUAUCUCGAGAAAUCGUCACACAAGUGUCGCCCUCCUUGAUUACGUAUUGCUUAGCACAGGUUGGUGCUGGUGGAGCUGUUGUUGAGUUGAGAGCAUACGAUGCAGGGGUAGAAUAGUCGUAACCAUCAGCGUUACAACUUGAUGUUAGGGAUGAGAAGUCUGCUGCUCCCUCUUCGGAAUAACCAAAGGGUGAUGAGAGUUGAAGCUUUUGCAGGCCAAGUUCACAAAACGAACAAUCCCGAGCCGGCGCGGAGGUCCCGUUCCAACUGGCGGCAAUGAGGUCACAGUACUGGCCCGUUGAUCUAACGAAGUUGUCAAUUAUAACCUUGACAAACUGCUCCCGCCUAAAUCUACCACUGCCACUUACCGGUCCUCCAGACAGGAUAGGCUGGCGGCAUAGAGAAACCGGUCCACGAGAUAGGUUGCUCAAUGAUUACGAUCAGCAGAAGAGAACACAAAAACACUCAGGCUUCAUUCAUACCUGGGUAUGCUAUGCUUCCACCAGGAACAAUCACAUCACUUGGGCCUUUGCACGCGUCCAUAAUCGAAUUUCGAAGAUUGUCCAGAUCCUUGCGACACGAAGUUCCGCAGAGAAGUUCGAGUUGCUCCUUUGGAAGUAUUUCAAAACUCGCCUGCCUAUCUACCGGGUUAACAUACAAUACAAUGAAUAUGGCCUCAGGGGUAUGCACUCUACUUACGCCAUGCCGGAAUAACUCCCGAGCCAAGCAGGGCAUGAGCUCAAUGUGGUGUUGAGAGCAACAAAGCAGGAAGCACUCAACCCCAGCUCUUCAAAUGGUAGUAUAUAGCCUUCAAGCUGUUGGCUCCAUAUAGUUGGAGCCAAGAGAACCAGCACCAGGACAAUUGGAGAAAGAAUUAGUUUGUGAGACAUGCCGCCUAACCGAUACUUAUGCCUCUCGGGAUAGGUAAGGAGCGAAGCAGUUAGGUAUCGAAUUGGGAGCUUUGGAUGCACUGGGACGCGGAGUUCAGACAAGCCCUUCUCUAGCGCGCAGUGCUCAAAACAUGGAGAUCUUCCGGGUUCCGAAGCAAUGGCGGAAAGUAUUUAAAAUAUCUGUCAGGGCGAUAUCCCUUAUGGCUGACUUUAUUCUCCAGAGCUCAUAUACAGCAGCUUCCUGCCGGAACGCGUGUUCAGAAAAAAGGGGUUGAUCAUGUGUGCUGACUAAGCGCCAGGCCAAUCAACUAUUUUUGCAGGACAUCAUAUCAAUGACCAAGGGCUAUAUUCCUGAACAACGGUCAAUAUGUACAGUUUUAAGCUUAAGGGUCAUAUUCUCAGCCACCAUAAUCUGGAAUAUGGGAUCUUACCUGUUCUACUCUGUAUCGUUCCAGCCCGGAAUAGCAGUUCCCCGACCUGGGCUUUGAAGUCUUUGUGUUUUUUCCACCUUGACAGAGUGGACGGCAGUAGAUUGUCAGUGAAAUUAUAUCAAAGGCAUAUAAAUAUUGUUCUACUUUCCAUAAAUGUCAUAUACCCUUUGAUGUCUGCUAUUGUUCAUCGGAGCAUAGAGAAUAUGUCAAUGGUUUUGCGGAUUUCCCAAAAGGGGUUGAGGCUCUGCUCUUUUGAGCGCAAGAAGAGACUUCAUCUUCCCACAGAUAGAGUCUCUGCGGACGACUUCAUUCCAACCAGGCGACGUCGUUUACUUUGAUCCCAGAGCACCCCUUUCAUGAAUCAAUCCGUAAUAGUUUGAGAUAAGGCCUGUUUCAUUGAUCAACUGUCAGCCUUAUCAGCAUGUUGCUCUUGUUCUACUUGUUCUUGUCCUUUGUAUCUGCUUCUCUUUACCAGGGCGUUGGGAUACAUUUCCUCAAACCACCUCUAGAUGCGGUUCCAAUCGGGCGACACAGGCGACAUGCGUCUAACUUGGUUCAGCCACCUCUGCGAGAGUUAAACACAUCUCUGCUGCGUUGGGAUGAUUAUUCCUGCGGCCCAAGCAAACUGUGUAGUAAUGGUGCAUGCUGUGGCUCUGGUGGGUACUGCGGGUAUGGCCCCGAUUAUUGUGGCGAAGGUUGCGUUAGCAAUUGCGAUGCUGGUGCCGAAUGUGGGGAGUUCGCGAAGCCGGUGAACAAGACAUGUCCUCUGAAUACCUGUUGCUCACAAUAUGGCUUCUGUGGCAUAACUGAAGAAUUCUGUGGGAAAGGAUGUCAAUCUCACUGUGUUCUACACCCAAAGCCCCCGGGCGGCUCAGCGAAGGGCAAGACAUUGUCCAGAGUCAUUGGCUAUUAUGAAGCAUGGAAUGCUCGAUCUAAAUGUCACAAAGCGUCGCCCCUAGAUCUUCCGGUUGGUGGCCUCACGCACCUCAAUUAUGCUUUUGCAUACAUCGAUCCUACAAGCUUUGAGAUUACUACCAUGGACGCCGCAACACCGAUUUCUCUUUUUGAUGAAGUAGCGGCCCUCAAAAUUGUCAAGCCCUCCCUCCAACUAUAUGUCAGUAUCGGUGGCUGGACUUUCUCCGAUAACAAUACCAUCACUCAGCCCAUUUUCGGCAACAUCGCGAGAUCACCUGCAAAUCGACGAAAAUUUGCAGACAACAUCCUCAGCUUCUUAAACCAAUAUGGCUUUGAUGGAGUUGACAUUGAUUGGGAAUAUCCAGGUGCCCCCGACAGAGGUGGGAAGGAGGAAGACACGGGGAAUUUUGUACUUUUAAUGAAAAAAAUACGUGAAACAUUCGAUAAGUCGGGACGAAAACUAGGCAUCACUUUCACAGGCCCAUCCUCAUACUGGUAUAUGCGAUGGUUUGACCUGCCCGGAUUGCUCAAAUAUUCAGACUGGAUGAACCUCAUGUCGUAUGAUCUACACGGUGUCUGGGAUAGGGAUAAUCCCAUUGGCUCCAUCGUUCAAGGACAUACAAAUCUAACUGAAAUAAAAACCGCCGUGGAACUUCUCUGGAGGGUAAAGGUGCCUCCUUCCAAAAUCGUGAUUGGGUUCGGUUUCUACGGCCGUGCUUUCACGCUUCAAAAUCCCAGCUGCGGCGAACCUGGAUGCCCUUUCAGCGCGGGCGCUAAACCUGGAGUUUGCACAGGCCAAAGUGGAUAUCUUUCUCAAUAUGAAAUCAGAGAUAUUCUAAACAAAAACAGCAACUCAAAAAGGAGUACAACAAGUGUCACUCACGACAAGGAGGCGGCAGUCAAAUACUUUUCAUGGGACUCCAAUCAGUGGAUCUCAUAUGAUGAUGAGGAUACUUUUAAGCAGAAAGUUGACUGGGCUGAUGAAGUGGGCUUCUCUGGCUCCUUAAUAUGGGCAUCGGAUCUAGUAGAUGACUACGACUUGACUGCACACAAAGCUUUAACAGGAAAUAGUAAGCUGGUGACCGCACGAAGCUUCCGGAGAGAUCAAGCGCAAAAGCCUCUUGUAGAUGACCUCAAUGAUUUCCUUGGACGAAGAUGCUUCAAGUUCAAAGAUACGGUGGACCUAGAGAACCCUCAGGUGGCGAGCUGUUCGCCAUAUGUCAAGAUGGGCUAUGACAAGGCGGGCUGCAAAGGUAAGGAUGGCGAGUGCGGCAAACCCAUAUGUUGUCCUAUGAAUAGCGGGCUUAAAGACUGUCAAUGGCGCGGUUCUGGAGGUGAUUGCAAUGGCAGAUGCCACGCUGGUGAAGUCCACAUUGCGAGCUCGAGUUGGGGUGGCACCCCCGGUCAGUCCGGAACUGGGAGAUGUUCAAGAGGUGGAAAGGCUCUGUGCUGUAAAAUGGGGAUGUUCGACGAUUUCAACGAAAACUGCUACUGGAGUUCUGGAGUCGGCAGCUCGUGCAAGGAAGAUGAGGAGAGUCUAGCCUAUAUGUGGGACCGCACCGGAUGGGGAACUGUGUUUAAACAUGGAAAUCAUUUCUGCUGCCCUAAGAGCCAGCCCAUGCCCUACAAGAACUGUCAUUGGGUGGGCGAAGGCGAUUGCGCUGAUAAUACCUGCAAUGAGAAUGAGGUGACUCUUGAAGCUGAUUCUCGCGGUGACAGUUACAUUGGGUGCAGUUGGUAUCGUGAAAAGUCACUGUGCUGCACCCCUAAUCUCGAUGUUCUCAAGACACUCAAAUGUGAUGUUGACACAUGCACUGAUAAUGAGGCGUGUGAUGAUGAAUCGGGCCUUCCGGACAGUAGCGAUGUCCUAUAUAAGCGUUCCUACCAGGACGGUCAGGGAAGAACACUGUGGAGCUAUGGUGAAUCAGGGCUUCCAGAACUAAUCCUAGUACCCCCAAGGCCUGGGAGUCCCCGUGCCAUGUUUCUAGAUAUACCCAAACUACUGGGCACCAAUGUUUAUGGCGCACUCAAGAUGGUAAGCCGACCUUAUAAACCAGGGCUUUCAGUGGCUUCGGGCGAUGGAGCGUCCACCUUGCCUCUGCGAGGAGGCUUUAGAAUGUUAAAAGACGUUUGCGGAAGUACAGCGGUGCAAUACGUCAAGCUUUCUGAUCUUCCAAUGAAGGGUUUCCACGCGGAGCACCUCCAAGAGAUCCAAAUGGUCAAAAGAUUCCUCCAGACUGCGGUAACGGGUUAUCUACCAUCUGGGGCAAAGAUGAAGUCAGUUACCAUUGAUCCGCAGAAGCUCCUUGAUGGCUGGAAUAAGCUGUACGAUGUCACGUUACCGCGAAUCGGAGCUAUAGUAUCCGACAAACCUGACUGGACGCCUCCAUUGACACCAAAUGAUCGUGUAUUUGAGAUCAUUGGAUCCUAUGCUUACCGCACUGGCAUGUCUAUACUCCCACGUGAUAUGAACUACAUCAAGAAGAACCUCGUAGGCGGUGCUCAACCAAUGGCGAUUUCAACCUUUAACACAGCUCUGAGAGAUGUGGCGAAGGGAGAUAUGGAAGCUGCAAAGCUUGUUGCUGGCAAACUUCAGAAAACAAUUGGCAUAUUCAACUACUUGAAUGAUGGAGUUCUCAGGGGCGGCCUCGAUAAAGCAAGGAGAGACCUCGCAAAGGAAAUUGCGAUUAUUGGUCAAUUCAUGCCUGGCCUUGAGCCUUUAUCCAGCAUAUGGAAAGAAUUUGAAACCGAUUUAUACGCGGAAAUGGUGGCUGUUGGUACCGCUUUCGUGCUCGACAGCGUCGGUCGAAUUAACAGCAAAUUCUACGACAAAAACACGAUGAGCAACCCUGCAGCAGUCGCCUUGAUUGCUCAGGCUAAUCUACUAAAGAAGGCGAUAGAUAAAAUUCGAUUCGAUCCGUAA